AGUAUUCAAAACGCGAUUAAACGUUAAACAUGUGAGCCGUCAACUACUGGGUCCGCUGAGACAGACAAAUCGCUCAAAUUAAUAUUUAUAGUUUUUUUUUGUUGUUGACGAUUUUUUUUUUUCAUUGUAAUUUAAUUACGUUAAUUAAGCAUUUCCAUGCAGUUUUUUAAGUGAUUUGUUUUGUUGCAUUGUUUAUUUUAUUUUGCUGAUUAUGUAAGAGCUCAAAAGCGCGAAGAAAAAAAUUCUCACGUGUAAAAAAAAAAUUCCAUUGAUAUACGCAACUUUUCCUUCAAAAAAAUACUAAUAAUAAUGGUUUAUAUGUUUCUCAGUGUUGUGGCAAAUUAUGUGUCAUUACCCGGUGCUGGAACCAGUCCAACCGAGCAACAACAGACCAUACUUGAAGUGCUCAAUAAUAAAAUUGUACAACAGCAACAGCAAGCGGCCGAGGUAGCAUCAACCGAAACGGCUACGGCCGGUACAUCAACAACACAGCCAACAGUGGAAGAAGAAGAUGCCACAAAUGCUACGACUCAUGAAGUCAUAGCGAGUGCGGUUAAUGUGCCGUUAAAUGAGCUUGAGGAUGAUCUAGUCAGUAAUAGUCAGAGCACAACAAAUACCGAAAGUAGUUUGAGCAACGAAAGUGCAACGAGUCAAAUACCUUAUUCGGUAGCAGCAGCAGCAGCAGCAGUAAAAACAAGUCAAGGGACGACAGCGGAGUCGACGAUACAGCGUCCAACGAAUAAAACAGAAACUGUAAGUGACACAGAAGCGGCGAAAGAGGGAACGACGACUACAACGCCCAGCGCUGACGGGCAACAAAGUACGAAUAGUGCUACCGGCAGUGGUCAUAGCGCCGCUCAGGGUCAUGUACUUGAUAUUGAAUCUCAUUUAAUUGAGACAUAUAAAGAUUAUCAAGGGACCGACGAGAGUGUUGGUAUUAACGAACUGCCACCUCAGCAAGAUGAACUGACAGCAGGUUCGUCGAAAGUUGAGACGGAUGUAAAUGUACGAACAGUGAUUGAAGUGGAACCGGCGGGUGCAAUCUCGAAGAAGCCCAUAGAGAUUUUGGUGCGUACAAGUCGAGCGCAGCGUGCUGAUAGUGAAUCUCAUGCAGACGAUAUUGUUGAGGUGAAAGCAGCGCCCGAAGAAAUAGUCACAGCUAGCGACUGUGAGGAGCAGAAAACCGAAGCGGACGUGAAGCGCAGGACUAGCAGCGAAGCAGAAAAAGAAUUAAAAACUCAAGUGCAGGCUGAAGAACUCUCCUCUGAGUUGCCAACCGACACAAGUGAUGCCAUAAAAGCAACCGCAGAGAGGCUAGUCAACGAAAUCGAACGUGAGGUGUUAGAGGCUCUGCGAAAGUGUGAAGGCGCACAAGCCGAGGUUAAGGUUGAGGCGACAAAGAACGCUUUAGAAGCAGCCGCGCAAAAACUAAACAAUAACGACGACGACUUACCAUGCCAGCGGCUGGACGAGCGUAACAUUAAAGAAGACGAAAAGACUGAACAAGCUACAAGCCUACUAGAUGAAAUAAGCAAUUCAUUAACGCAAAAAGUCGACGCACAAUUAUCCGAGGUUACAAGCAUACUUAAAUCAUCGAAACAAAGUCACGUCGCGCUGCAGUUGAGUGGCGUUAAUGGCGAAGCCUUAAAAGUCGAUGUUGAUCAAACGCCAAACAACGAGCUUAAGAUAGUGAAUGUGCCGUCGCCAAAAACGCCAUUGGACGAAGAGGAGCGUAAGAGGUUUUUAGAAUCUCUGCCGCAUUUAGAUAGUAACGCUGAGGCUCAAAAGCUUGCCGACGACUGUAAACGUGAAUACUAUCAGUCGCUAAAGAAGUAUCUGAUACAGGGUGAAACCGAUCGACCACCAGUGCCAUUGCAGACGUAUCGUUGGGAAGAUUUGCGACGCGCGAAGGAGCGGGGCGGCUAUCCGUGGACACAUUUGUACAAACGACCGCUCGGUCCGGACGAGGAACCCGAAAUUGUUUUACUCCUGCGUAAAUCACAAGAAUUUCGCUUCGUCUCGGAAUCGCCCAAAUCGUUGAAGAAGGUGCGCAUCGACGAACAAGUUAUUAUCAAGCAACCCGAGCGCUAUAUACAAGAGCUUUCGGAAGCCGAAGAAGAUUAUCCACAAUCAGCGCCCGAAGACGAAGAGACCCACAGCUUGCGCAGUGAGAGUAUUUCUUGUGUCUCCGAUUCAGUACUUGCCACGGGUAAACCACGAAAGUCUACGCGUUUGGAUAAGAUACGUGGAUAUUUGAGGCGUCGCAAAGGCGGACGCACCAACGAGGACGCACAAUCAUUGCCCUGCGCUUCGAACAGCAGUAGUCGUCGACACAGUCAGGAAAAUAUAACGCCACCUGCACAACCGCCCAAUCCACAGAUACUUUUAAACGGCAACAACACCGAACAAAAACAUUGUUAUCCCAUCAUGAAGAAGUUAAAAAGUAUGGCAGACCGCCAAAAAAAGCGCUUGAAUAUAAAACGUAUACAUUUGGGUAAAGACGAGAAGAUUGUGUUAGGGGAAGAAACGAAAAUUUUGAAAUUGAAAAAAUCACCGAAAGCAGAACGCGGCGAAAUACCACAUUUCAUAGAGAAACAAGACUCCGAUGAUGUGUUGGAGAUAAUGGAAUUGGAUGAAUCGCCCAGUCGUAAGCGUCGCGACGAUGGCAGGCAAGAAGACGAGCGCCAAGAGAUUGUGCAAGCAGUCAAGGAUGACAAUGAGCAAAUGGAUGCCAAUCAGGCUGAGGCGGUAAGCAUUGUUGUACCCGACGAAAUCAUAGAAAUACCGCAAUUAGCGACGGACAUUAGCGAGCAACCAACCACAAGCAAAGAAGCUGAAGCUACACAACCACCAGAGUCAACAGUGAGUGAGCCUGUGGCAAUAGCGUUGGAAGUAUCAACAACCGCCGCGCCACCAAAGAAAGCGCCGCGUCUGCGACGCGAACAUGUCUACGAAGAAAUAGAGUCGGAAAUGCCGCCGGAAGUUUUAGCGGAGCCGCCUAACGCAAGUGUUGGCUUGCUGGAGUUGGCAGCCGUGGAGGCGCUCAAAGAAUCUCUAGCGAAACAGGACAACACCACAUUCAAACAUAUCGAGGAAGGUGCAAAAUCAUUACCACUCGAUCGUAUGGGCAGCAGUGAAGAGGAACAAAUUGCUGCCGCUACCGCUACUGCAGCUACAGAUAAACCUGCGAUCAGUUUGCUUGCGCCGCUCUCAUCAGUUGACUCCGCCUCUUCGGAUGAGGAUCGCAACCGCGCGCAACUAUCACCCGUCACUGAGGAAAGCGAUGCGGCAAGUGUUGAAGACAAUCUACGUAUUAUCGACGAUAACGAACCAAUCGAUCUGAAGCCGGCUAUCAAGAAGGAGGCCUCACCAGCGCCGUCCGACAAAAAGGUCACCUUCUCACAUGUGGAGGACGAAGCGGAGCCGCAUCGUGAGGAUAUCGAACUGCCAACAGAAGUGCAGGAAGAGGCUGCACAGCGCAAGAAAUGGACGAAUAUGAGUGAUCACGAGUACGAACCGAUCUCAGCGCCCGCUGAAGCAGACGGCAUCAUCACACAGCUCACACAGUCUGAGAAGUCAAAUCUUGCGAGAAAUAUUGCGAUGUUGCACGAGGAUAUCAAAGCCACCGACAGUCAGCAGGAUUUGGAUGAGAGUUACAUAAGUUCCGCAGCGACGACGCCACGCACAGAGUCGCGCACCGAUUAUGAAAUACACACUAGUCAAGUUGAUUCAAGUGCCUUGGAAGAGUUGCCGUUAAAACCGGAGAAUCGCAAGAAGAGCUUCAUGGCGAGCGCACAGGAUCGCACACGUAAAAUGCAGGCGGGUCUAAAGAGUCAAGCUGGAAAGAUCAAGACCAAGCUGCGCACACCCGCCAAGAAACCGGCGUCAUCGAGCCCGAAAGCCAAAGAACGUAAACGCUUUAAGGCACCGGAGUUUUCGAAAAUAAAGAUGCCGGAAAUUAAACGGCCCGACAUGUCGAAACUAAAAGACUUUAAGCGCCCAGAAUUUACAAAGUUCAACAAGCCUGACAUGUCGAAAUUUAAAUUACCCGAGAAAUUCUCAACGCUCAAACUCAAGCGCAGUAAGUCCUUUAAGGAGAAUGAGACCCAAGAUGAGGAAUUGGAGAAUGGUGCACAGCCAGCAACAGAUGGCGUGCCGGCAGCACAGCCACAUAAAAAGAUAUUCGAUUUCAAUUUCGGUACUUAUCCUAGAGCGUUUCGUAAGAAGAAACCACUACCGGCGCAGGAAUCACUCGGCACCGAGACGGGCACUGAAGGUGUCAGUGUUAUACCGAGCACAGAAACUCAACCAUCGCAAGAAUCAUCGAAUUCGCCACAGGGCGACCGCGGACCCGGACCGGUGCGCUCACGUUGGGCUGAUAAGUUCUCAGAUGUGAGCUACAAUGAUAGUGAAGGUUCGCGCUAUCGGCGCUAUGGUAGCGAGCAAGAGAGUUUCGAUCGCGAAUCAUCACUGGAACGGCGCAUGAAAGAUGAUAUGGAGGAAUCGGAGAGUGUGGCACAGGAGAUGGGCAUUUUAGGUGGUGUUGCUGAUACAAAACAAUUUGCCGAAUUCGAUGAAGAAAAUCGCGCAAUACAUGAGAUAUCAAAAAUGCGUGCCGGUGAAUUCAGACGCCGUCCAAUGGUGCAUCAGGACUCCGAUCUACGUUCCGAGGAUAGUAAAGAUGUCGAGGGUUGGACCGAAAAGGAGAUUGAAAAGAAUAAAUUGUUGCGUAAAGCCGAAUUAGAGGCUGAAGGCAGUUACUUAAAAUACACGGCCGAUGAUGUGUUGCCACAAGAAACUCAAUCUACAGCGAGCUCUGGCAAAAAGGUUGUGAUGGAAGAAAUUGACGAUGAUGAAUUUUUCCUACGCAAACGUGGCGUCUCCGAAGACAAUAUUGAACUGCGUCGGUAUAUAAGUAAUGCGAUACGCGAGGGUUAUGACAGACCGCUAAAUACAUUGGAGCAUGUGGGACAACCCAAUGAAUACCGGGAUUAUGAUAUACCACCACCGAAGCCUAAGCGCCUACACAAAACCUAUCAACCACAAGAUGUCUCGCAAGAUUUCGAAUCUCAGCGCAGCGAAUAUGGCGACGAUCUGUCGAUGUCGCAAAAUGGCAGCGAUUACUAUAAUGCACCCAAGCGGCCAUUGCGCAAAGGACGUAGUCGUAGUAAGUAUUCGAUGGAUAGUCAAGAAUUUCCGGUAGCAGAGAGUAUGCGUCAUGAGCCAUAUUUCGAUGAUGACGAGGAAUAUCUGCGACCACCACGUAACAGUUAUAAGGAGGCCGAAGAUGAGAUAAUGGAAAUGAACGAUCUGGAUAUUGUCGGCAAACAGGUCUUUCCGGCUGAGCCCGAGGGUGUUAAAGACGGUGCGCCACCACCACAAGCGCCCCGACGCCGCAAACGAGAUACACGUGAUAAUUCAAUGGAUUCGAAAGAUUCUUAUAUGAAUGGUUUCGGUGGUCGAUCGGUAUCAAAUACUCGUUUACAGCCAACCGAAGAUGUAAUAGUUUAUCGCACUGAACACGAAUAUCCUAUUCCUAUUGAUGCUACCGAGAAGUUCGAGCCGACAGUAACCACUCGUAAGUCUAGAUCAAUUAACCGCUACGAGGAGGACGAUCGUAUCUCGCGUGGCGCCGAUUCGCUGGGCUAUGAAGAACAGGAUGAAAUGCAAGUUGAUGCUGAAGCGAAUGUUGAUAAGGAUAAGUUUGUAAUCGAUAUGAUGGAGAAUGAUGGCUACGCCAUUGUACGUAAAGAUCAUAUGCCAAAGCCAACGCCACCAGCUCGUCGUAAGAAAUUUUCACGUUCACCUGGUGAGCGUUUCGCUUCAAUAUCCAGUGGUUCCGCAAAGAGCGCUACACCACCGCCACCUGAACGUCCGCCACCACCCCGCGCAUACACGCCAUCGACAAUGGAGGAACCAGUGCCGCCACGCCGCAAGUCUAUAACCAGCCUAGAGCUGGCGCCGCAAAUACUGGAGGAUGACUAUGAAGAGCCCGAAGCUUUGCAGCAGGAACGUCCCGAAUCUCCACGCGAUUUACAGUCUGGAGAGAUUAUAAAUAAAAUGAAAUUCCGCCCAUUGCCACCACCGCCGCGUCCACCACGUGAGAAGCGUCAACGUGCCGAAAGUAAGAGCUCAGCGCAUAGCGCUUUCGUCGCGCCGCACGAACGCGACUUGGCUGAUGAGAGACUCGCUACAUCUUCCACGGCGGAUAGCUACGAUCCGACCGAUGUCGAUUUGGAGGAGGAGGAAACACGACUACCUGAAGUGGAAGUUUCAACGCAAACCGAUCCGCUACCAGAUGACUUUGAAUGUGAGGAAUUCGAAAUCACUGAAGAUAUGCGUAUCAUUGAGCCACGCAUAAAUAGCAUGCGAAAGACGUUGGAUGAGUUAUUGCGUGAGGAGGAGUUGAAAAUAAAGUCCAGCGAAGACUCGACGGCACCACAACUGACCGAAGAAGAGCAAUUGGUGCGUGGUUUGCAACGAUUCCGUGAUGCCAAUCAACGUAGCAUGUCUGAGCGUUCACGUGCCUCUUCCCAAGCUGAUCGUUCGAAAUCGCAAAGUCGCCCACCCACACCAUCCGCUGUAGUCAUCGAACGACGCGUUUCAACACCUAUACCUAGUCAACAGGCCGAAACAUUGGUGGAGGCAUCGCUGAUUGUCCGUCCAAUUGAUGAUUUGGAUCUCGAAGAGGAAGCUUUGCGCAGAGAGGGACUCCUAACAGAUAGCUCACAACAAAGCAAGUCCGACGUGGAAGCGCCAUCACAAGACGAGGAAGAAGAGUCAAAGUUAGGUGUUAGUGACUACUCAAUUGGACCAAGCUCGGAGGAACUUAAUGCUGCACUAGACGAGCUGCGCACACAAGCCGACAGUACUUAUGAAGAGGAAAAGGGCGAAAGUGUUGAAGCCGAAUCAAUUAAAUACUCAGACGAUGUAAGAGCUUCAGAUGAUGAGACGUUUUCAAGAAGAAGUUAUGAACGAUAUCUGCUUGAAGAAACGUCUGGUAAAGAGGAUGAAGAAGAGCUAGAGACGAAAUCCGCUACAGAGGAGAAACUUUCACUACAAUUACAAACUGAAAUUGAAGAUUUCGAAGCGCUACCCACUGCUUCUGAGGACGAGCAAAGAAUAAGCGAGGUUGAAGAGGCGCCGACAGAUGACGAACGCACCUACGAGCAAGAAUCAUCUAUAGAAAUUAAAGAGACUAUUGCACAAGAAACAGCAGAGGAAAAGGAACACACACUCGCCCAAGAGCAGCAAUAUGAUUACGACGAAGACUACAGCAGCAAGCAAACUGAAAAACCUGACGACGCAGCGGAAACAGUGCUAACGGAGAACCAAGUUGAAGCCGUAGCUUUUGAAGAGCCACCAUUGCCACCGCCGCGACGCAAAUCUACGACAGCCGUUGAAGUGCCGCCAUCACUAGCUUUAAUGGAAGAACCUUCGAAAGAACUGACACCCAAACCAAUGCAAACAGCAACCGUACAGCCACCACCUCAACCACAACUACCAGCGCACCUUGGCGAUCUUGAAGUAGAGCGUCUUCAAGUACACGCGCUACAAGCUGGUCAAAUUAUGGUUUCUCAACUGCAUGGCACACAAAUCUCAGCAGAGGAACUGGAAUGUAAGUCGGGUAAUUUGAUUGUUAAGAACAUUGCAUUGCCGGAGGGCUUCAUUGAAGAUAUCGUGGAGCGCGUGCGCACUACGGAUCGUCAACAGCUGUUAACUGUUGAAACUCAGACCAGUUUGCAAGCAAGUAGCGAGGAGAGAUCCCCUGUGCGGGAGGUGGUGCCGCCACCAAAACCACCUCGGCAACGCGAUUUGGAAGCGUCAAAGCGUUCUGCCGAUACAGCAGAUGAAAUAACACUUCAGCAAUUGCGUAACUACGAUGAGGAAACCCAAACUGAUCCCAUGACUUAUCCCACACAUCACAUGGCCAUCCCACCUCCACCACCCGUGUACGCCACAACCGAAUAUCUGCAGUCAUUACCGCCAAUGGGUUACUAUCCCAAUUUACGACGCGCCGAUGAGCCACAAUUCGGCACCAGUCCUGAUAGCAAUGAGCCAACCAGUACAUUACAGCGAAGGCCACAUCAUCAUCAUCAUCAUCAUCAUCGCCAUCAUCGACGAUGUGACUCAUCGUGUUCGGAAUGCGAUGACUAUGACGAGGAUUUGGCUGACAGAGAAGAGACGCGCUCACGCUCCCACAGCAGACGCUCUCGGAGCAGUACACGUCCACCAACUGAGCCACAGACAUUAGCCAAAGCGAGCAAACAAUUCGUGUCAGCUUGUAGCUUAUCGCUCGUACAAUUGCUAAAUCGGGUGACUGCUGCGGUACGUGGUGGAGAUCCAGACAAGCAGGUCGAAGGUCAAGUGCAUCAUAUACCAACAUUGGUCGCACUAUUUGUGGUCAUAUCAUUUAGUCUUAUUGUGUAUAUGCUUUCGGGACGUAGUGUACAUACACACCACUGGGACUUUUUCAACCCGCCAGGGAACGGUGCGCGUCAAUGAUAGACCGACUUGUGCUAUUGGUUGGGAAUAUUAGUUUUUCAGUUCCUUCUUUUACACAUGACAAGUUGAGUUAUGUCCCAAGGAGUUUGCUUGCAUUUCAUGUUUUUCUUAUUUUUUGUAAAAACUCGACUAUGGAAAAGAACUUUUGGAAAAGUUAAGCUUAAACCAAAUAUCAAGAAUAAAAUGGGACUUUCUAUUUGUUUUGAACCGAUGUUAUCGUUACAACUCCUUGUAGGUGUUGUACGUUAACCUAUAUCUUUUUGAACUGCGUCGAGUAAAAAGCAAAGCAACGAACAAAAAUUUUCUUAACAUUUUGUACGAAAAUAUAAAAAAAAA